AAAUUGUCCAAGGGGUAAGCCAUAGCCAUCUUGCUCUUUACCUCUCUGAAUUGUGAUGGAAACCUCAAAAAAUGCACAAACAUGUUCUUCUACCAUAUUUGAUGGCCUUCCUAUGGAGAUGGGUUUGGGAGGUAGAGAGUUGUACCAGUGGAAAGACUUCUGGUAUACAAAUCUAUAUCUUCCGCAAUGUCUAGCUGCGAGAUCAUACUUCCAAGCUCAUGAAGAUGAUGUGAUUAUAGCUUCUUCAAUGAAGACUGGGACUACCUGGCUCAAGGCUCUUAUAUGGUGCAUCAUGCACUGCAAGCCUCAACACGAUGACAAUAACAACGAUGAUGACGCUUUGGUAAAAAACAAUCCCCAUCUCCUUAUGCCAGUGCUAGAAUUAAAAUUUUUUGGAGAAUAUCCGAAAGCUGAUAUCUCAGGUAUGCCAUCUCCUAGACUAUUGCAAACCCAUGUACCAUACAUGAUGUUAUCAGAUUCUGUCAAGGAAUCUAACUGCAAAAUUGUGUAUAUCACUAGAGAUCCUAAGGAUGUAUUUGUGUCAUUGUGGCACUUCUACAAUGCAAAUCAUGCAAAACCAGAACAAGGGCCGGAUCCUUUAGAUGAAGCCUUUGACAAGUAUUGCAAAGGUAUUCAUCCAAUUGGUCCUUUCCAUGAUCAUGUUCUGAGUUAUUGGAAGGAGAGUUUAAAGAGGCCUGGGAAGAUACUUUUCUUGAAAUAUGAAGAGCUGAAGAGAGACCCCAAAGGUCAGUUGCAGAAAUUGGCUUCUUUUCUAGGAAGGCCUAUUGCUGAGGAGGAUGUGAUUGACAAUAUAUUAUGGAGGUGCAGCUUGGAAAGGCUAAAGAAUUUGGAAGUGAACCAAAAUGGGUCGUUGGUUGGGUGUACCUAUAAAUCAUUUUUCAGGCUGGGCUCAGUUGGGGACUGGAAGAACUACUUAUCAAAGGAGAUGAAAGAUCGUCUUGACAACAUUACCCGGAUGAAGUUUGAGUCCUCUGGUUUAGAUCUUGAAAUUUCUUGAGCCUGAAAUUGAAAUGAUUUGUGUAUUUUGAUGUAAUUUCUUUGAAUUACUAUGAGGAAGAAUUGUGUGCUGUUUCUUUUUCGGUCGUCAAUGUUGCUGGAUUUGGUUUGCUGAGUCAUAGAAUUGUCAAUUGUGAUCAUGCAACAUAAUUGUAGGAAAAGUUUACAAUCCCCUUAUCUAUUUGGCAUCCACCACCACCAGAAUGUCCCUCACCUUAAGUCUGACAUCGGGUUAAAUUGUGUGGGCCGGGUGUUAUUUAUUGAAACUGUUUUGUGAUUCAGUUUCUAUUGAUAUGGAUGAAAUCUGAGUCUUCUUUGGAUUGA